ACGGAACUGCUUAACUAUCAUGUUCACAUAGAACUACAGACUCAUUAAGGGGUUCUGACUUAAGGGCAGCAGAGAUACACAUCACAUGCAUCGAACAAUGAAAGUACAAGGACCAAAAUGCUGAGACAACUUCUCAAUUUGACACUUGGAGGUCAAGAUGUCAGACUGGUCAAUGGUUUGGAUGCCUGCUUUGGGACAGUUGAGGUCUUUUACAAUUACACAUGGAGAACAGUGUGUGAUGUCUUCUGGGACAUUGAUGAUGCUGCAGUUGUGUGUGGACUGUUGGGAUGUGGAAGAGCAGUUAGUGCACAUAACCAUGCCCUAUUUGGGAAAGGAAACGGUCAGAUCUUGUUAAGUGAGGUUCAUUGUAAAGGAAAUGAGUCCUCUAUCACACAGUGCUCAUACCAGCUAAAUGGAUCCAAUGAUUGUUCUCAAAGUAAAGAUGCUGGAGUUGUGUGUUCAGCUUCUCUAGUUGUUGUCAUUGGUGCUGUGCUAGCAGCAGCACUGCUCUUACUGUCUACCCUGCUAAUUAUUUUCUUGGUGAAGAGGAGAAAAUGGCGAAAGAUUAAAGAAACCCAGACAUGCUCCUGUUCUAGAGAUGCUGUUAGUAGGCAUGAAGAUGUAUCCCUUGAGGACAGAUAUGAAGAGAAUGAUGAGGAUGACUAUGAGAAAGUAGAUUUUGAAGAGGGAGACUCUGAACAAGACUAUGUCAACAUGGAUGAUGAUGAUGAUGAUGAUGGUGAUGAUGAUGGCGACUCUGAACAGGACUAUAUCAAUGUGGAGUCAGAUAAUUCUGAACAGGACUAUGUCAAUGUGAAUAUUACAGAAGAUAGAAGUACAGUGGAUAAUAACUGAGGAUUUAUGAAAGCUCUUUUGAUGAAAAAUUUCAUAGCAAUUGAUAGCUACUGGUUAAGGAUAAGGAAUGAGUGGCAAACGCUUCUCUGCUGCCGGAUACCAAAUAAACACUGUUAUGGAAAGCCAAAUUAUUUUUUAAUGAUCCCAGCGUCACUCAUCAUAAUUGCAUUUUUACUAGUAAUAAUUCCAAUUACAGAGCUCUGUAAUUGAAUUUUUCUAGUAAUAAUUCCCAUUAAAGAGCACUCUUAUUGAAUUUUUACUAGUAAGAUUUUCAAUUACAGAGCUCUCUAAUUUAAUUUUUACUAGUAAGAAUUCCAAUAACAGAGCUCUCUAAUUGAAUUUUUACUAGUAAGAAUUCCAAUAACAGAGCUCUCUAAUUAAAUUUUUACUAGUAAGAAUUCCAAUUAGUGAGAUCUCUAUCUGAAUGUUUACUUAUCAUAUGUUUCCAUUGACUCCCAUUCAUUUUUAAAUAUAGAGCUCUGAAAAUGAAUUAUUACUAGUAAGAAUUCCAGUGGCGGGCCAUGCGUUUAAAGUCUAGGCCUUCAGUGUGAUUCAUGCCAUUAAGAAAACACAGUUUCACAAUGAAUAAGACACCCUAUACCUUUGGGCAUCAUACAUUAUGUCGCAGCUAAAUAUUAAUAACAAUUGACAUUUUAAAAACACGUCCAUGCACGAAAGCCAGAACUCGAAAUAACACUUAAUGCUCAAGCAAGCCUAAUUUUAACUGCAGCAUGACUGUUUUAUGAAAUGAACUUCUCCCAAAAACAAAAUAUUUCAUAUGAAUCUACCAAGUAGGUCUAUAAUACCUGGAAAAAUCUAUCUAAUAAUACACUAUAUUGCCAAAAGUAUUCGCUCACCCAUCCAAAUAAUUGAAUUCAGGUGUUCCAAUCACUUCCAUGGCCACAGGUGUAUAAAAUGAAGCACCUAGGCAUGCAGACUGCUUCUACAAACAUUUGUGAAAGAAUGGGCCGCUCUCAGGAGCUCAGUGAAUUCCAGCGUGGUACUGUGAUAGGAUGCCACCUGUGCAACAAGUCCAGUCAUGAAAUUUCCUCGCUACUAAAUAUUCCACUGUCAACUUUCAGUGGUAUUAUAACAAAGUGGAAGCGAUUGGGAAUGACAGCAACUCAGCCACGAAGUGGUAGGCCACGUAAAAUGACAGAGCGGAGUCAGAGGAUGCUGAGGCGCAUAGUGCGCAGAGGUCGCCAACUUUCUGCAGAGUCAAUCGCUACAGACCUCCAAAGUUCAUGUGGCCUUCAGAUUAGCUCAAGAACAGUGUGUAGAGAGCUUCAUGGAAUGGGUUUCCAUGGCCGAGCAGCUGCAUCCAAGCCAUACAUCACCAAGUGUAAUGCAAAGCGUCCGAUGCAGUGGUGUAAAGCACGCCACCACUGGACUCUAGAGCAGUGGAGACGCGUUCUCUGGAGUGACGAAUCACGCUUCUCCAUCUGGCAAUCUGAUGGAUGAGUCUGGGUUUGGUGGUUGCCAGGAGAACGGUACUUGUCUGACUGCAUUGUGCCAACUGUGAAGUUUGGUGGAGGAGGGAUUAUGGUGUGGGGUUGUUUUUCAGGAGCUGGGCUUGGCCCCUUAGUUCCAGUGAAAGGAACUCUGAAUGCUUCAGCAUACCAAGAGAUUUUGGACAAUUCCAUGCUCCCAACUUUGUGGGAACAGUUUGGGGAUGGCCCCUUCCUGUUCCAACAUGACUGCACACCAAUGCACAAAGCAAGGUCCAUAAAGACAUGGAUGAGCGAGUUUGGUGUGGAAGAACUUGACUGGCCUGCACAGAGUCCUGACCUCAACCCGAUAGAGCACCUUUGGGAUGAAUUUGAGCGAAGACUGUGAGCCAGGCCUUCUCGUCCAACAUCAGUGUCUGACCUCACAAAUGCGCUUCUGGAAGAAUGGUCAAAAAUUCCCAUAAACACACUCCUAAACCUUGUGGAAAGCCUUCCCAGAAUAGUUGAAGCUGUUAUAGCUGCAAAGGGUGGGCUGACGUCAUAUUAAACCCUAUGGAUUAAGAAUGGGAUGUCACUUAAGUUCAUAUGCGUCUAAAGGCAGGUGAGCGAAUACUUUUGGCAAUAUAGUGUAUUUGCGAUUUAAUAGUUGCUUGCAAUAAAUUUCGUUUCGUCAGGGUACAUGGUUAUGCUGCAUUCCAUUCAAGUUGGAUGUGGGAUAUACCUACUUGAUAUCUUCAACCAUAAAUGCAUUCCAUUCCCCAAUAUUCGGAAACCGCAACACUCCCAUAAGCUUAGCAGGGGUUUGACUCUCAUUAGAGAGUCAACUGAUAAACAAUGCUGCAGCGCUAGCAUUUGUGCUACAGGUGUAUGAUUAUCAAAAGAGAUUAUAAUGUUUUAUACACCUGUUUCUGCAGGCGUUUGUUAAACAAGCUUUAAUAUCAUGUAAUGUGGAAAUGAACGAAUUUAUCGAUAUUACUUAAUAAAGUGAAUGUUUAACACUUUGUAUAUCUCCCUGAGUGUCGACAUGUUUGUGACAUCAUGCUCCUGCAUCUCGGCGAAAUCGGAGUUGAGAAUUUCUGCACGAGCCUACAAGUUAUAAUUCUGACUUCAAGAUGUAUUCCAUUGCACUUCUCCAAGUAGGAAGUUGUAAAAUCCGACUUUCCGAGUUGAAUGGAACGCACCGCUACUUUUGACUUGAUCCGACACUGACUGCUCAAGCAGCCUAAUUUACACUUAGAAAACUCCUGAUGUUGCUAUUACAAUGCAAAAAGCACUUACCAAUUUAUAAAUUAAUAAAUUAAGCAAUCACACGGUCAUGCAGAACAUCUCAUGUUUUUAAAUCCAUAAGGAUCUCUUUCUCAGUGGUGGUGACAGCCAACUCGUCAGACAGCUUGAUCUUUCGCUCUUGAAUUACGUACAUCACUUAAAGCUUGCUUGCAUCACUUAAGGCCAGCUAGAAGGCCUCGACUGGGACAUAUCCUAAAGAUCACACCCACCAAGAACAAAUAAAUCAAUCUUAUUGGCUGUUGAGGGAUUCUGAAGAAAUUCUGAAGGCCUGAGGGGGUGGAGCUCGGACUCAUGUGCUGCUUCGGGCAUGCGAUUUGUGAAACAGUUGUCACACUUUGCUUUUAAGAAUCAAGGAAUAAAUUUUGACUGGAUAAACUUUUCGUUUUUCUCUAUUUGUUUGUAGAUUAAUUCAGAGUGGAAAGCGAUUAAAAAUACAUUGGCAGAAAGGUGAUUGAGAAUGAAAGGAUGAAAAAUAUGCAUGUUAGGCCAGCAGAGAAGGCUUUGCUGGCCCUGAGAAAUCACCACUGAAGAAUUCCAAUUACAGAGCUCUCUAACUGAAUUUUUACUAGUAAGAAUUUCAAUUACAGAGCUCUCUAAUUUAAUUUUUACUAGUAAAAAAUCACAUUAAAGAUGUUUAAUUACAGAGCUCUGAAAUUGAAUUACAGAGCUCUGCAAUUACAUUCUUACUAGUAGUACUAUUUUAUUCUGUUAAAAUAUUGUUAUGAUUAUGCAGAUGUAAUCAUAAAGAUUAUUUAAUUUUAUUUUGUCAUUAACUCAGCUUAAUGGCAAGUGAUUUCAUUUUUCACUAAUUUACUGAGGUGACAUUAUUAACUCAGAAGAGUGUACACAGUGAAAAUGAUAAUUUGCUGGAUGUUUCAAACAUUUGGUAACAUGCAAUGUUUUUGCUUUAAGGCGCCAUGCGCUCAUGAUCCUCACUGCUCUGCACUCAGAUCUUCCCAGCUUGGAAGGAAAGUUUCAAGAUACUAAAUAAUAAAUAAACACAUACCCUU